UGAUCAUUGCAAUGCUUGUGUAAAUACUCAUUGAACCAAAAUAGGAUAAAGGCUGUAUUUUUUCUGCAAUUCAGUGGCAUACCCUAAGCUUUGUACAUAGUGAAACAAGAAAUGUUAAACAGUAGUGAAUUAUACAUGUGACGUGUUUGCUUACACCCUAAAUAUCAGUGUGUCAGCGAGUGUUGCUAUGGACUCUUUAUAUUUUCAAAGAAUUUAGUUGAAAUUAAAUAUGACAGAUCCAAAUCUAUCAAAGAUUUUCAUGCAAACUCUGAUUGAAGACUUAAAAUCAUCUAAAAUUUAUACAGACCUGCAAAAUGCUGCCCAGAUUGAAAUCACCAAACCAGGUGUGAGACUAUCAGAAUUAAAGAAAGGUGUACAAGCAGGCUUAAUUCACUCAGGAUGGGACAAGAGGUUAAAGAACGCAGUAUUUAAAUACCUACAGACCAAACCAAAGUUACAAUACCCAGUAACACCACCAGAACAUGCUAAAGAACCUCUUCUUUACCUCAGAAAAGCUCAGCAUGCAUGGGAGAAAAGAAUAUUGAAGAGUUUAAACAGCAUGUGUACAGAACUGAAUAUACCUCUAGCUAGGAAGCGUCCAGAAAAAGAGCAAAAGGAAAUGAAUUCCAAAUGGACAGAGCUUGGAGUUGAAGGUCCAGGAUAUUUUUCUGUCAAAGACCUUACCCAAAUCCGACCAGUAUAUGCACCAAAAGAUUUCCUUGAAGUGAUUGUAGGCAUACAGAAUCCUAACUACCAUGGGGAUAAUAAUGGAUUUUUCCCACUGUGGGGAAUAGUUCAAGUUCCUGUCAAAGUCAAAAGUAUAAAUAAACUUAGAUUACAGUACAGUGAGAUGGCAAUCAAUCAAUGUCAAUCUGGUAUAGAUGACUCAACAGAUAUACCUUCUGAAUUGUUUGACUUAGAUAGGAGCAAACUUGGUAAAAAAGUUGUCAAUGCAAACCAUGGUCCAGUAGCACAAGAGUUUUCUAAGAAAGGAUGUCCAAGCAGUUUAAGAGCCACACUAUGGUCACAGAUGUUAUGUGUAGAAGUAGAUGAUGUGGACAAACUGUACUAUGAACAGUUGAAGACCAGUGUACUACACCAUGACCUUUUAGUAGACAGCUUAUUGUACAAGGAUGUCAAGCUUACAGCAACCAAUGAUGAUCAAUAUUUUGUGUUCGAAGAUUUUUUAUACCAGGUUUUAUUGCCAUUCUCAAGAGAUACCUUUGUGCUGAAUCAUUUCUCACAGAACAGUGCUACACCCCCUAAAUCAUAUAUCCGUGGAAAGUUAGGAGUUGAAGAGUUCUCUGUUCUAUAUCCACCCAAUGGGGUCAUUCCAUUCCAUGGAUUUGCAAUGUAUGUUGCUCCUUUAUGUUACCUAUAUAAUGAUCCAGUCAUAUUGUACUACGUGUUUAGAGAGAUCUACACUCGCUAUUUCUACAGAUUACAUAGUAUAUCUUCUCAUCACCAGGGAAUUGUUGCACUAAGCCUGUUAUUUGAAGUUUUACUACAAACCCAUGAACCCGAGUUGUUCUUCCAUCUAAAGACAGUUGGAUGUCAGCCAUUGAAAAUAGCUUUUAAGUGGUUAGUAAGAGCAUUUUCUGGGUAUCUGUCCAGUGAUCAAGUAUUGUUGUUAUGGGAUAGAAUUUUAGCUUACAACUCAUUAGAAAUCCUCCCAGUGUUAGCUGUAGCCAUCUUCUCAUUUAGGAAAACGAAUUUACUGAAAGUGCAAUCUUACAAUGCAGCAGAGGCUGUGUUAGCAGAUCUAACAACAUUACAAGUUAUUCCAUUGAUACAGCUUAGUUUGUUUUCCAAAUGAAUUCAGUUUUGAAGAGGUGGUCUUAUAAUUGUUUGAAAACUACAUAUAUGAACUUGAUAAUCAUAUUUAUAAAUUGCUUUUAUUUAUUUUUUCUAUUUAUCAUGAUUUUGAUCUUAAUUUGAAUAACAGCAAUAAAACUGUAUCACAUAUAAGGACCAUUACACAAGUUACCCAUUUGUAUACAGAUAUUUAUAAUGACAAUAAUUUCAUUUAUAUUUAAUGCCAUUCAAACAUUCCUUCUUGUCUUAAAUAUAUUACAAAUAUACAGCAUCAUGGAAAGUAUACCAACAUUAUUGUGAACAGUUGUCAAACAUUUUAAUUGAGCUGUCAGGAAUUUGAAGGAAUAUUUGAUAUUAUGUGUUUUGUGAUUAUUGCAGAUUUUCUGUAUGAGUUUUACCAUUUCUGAAGUGAAUAUUAUAUUACAAAGAGAUGUGACAAGACUUUUAAUGAUAAAUUUCUUUGACAUAACCAUGUUUAGUUACACACUGUGAAGCACUGUAGAAUCAACAUUAUAAGACAUUGUCUUUAUAAAAUUGAACAAUGUUAUCCUUUAUGUUAUAUUCAAAAUUUAUAUUGUAUCAUUUGAAAAAAAUGACAUAUUAAGAUGUAAACGUUUUGAAUUUGUGAAGGUGAAAGAUAUGGUUGUGAUAAUAAAUGCUUAAUCACUGA